CCUGCCAUGUAAACGAUCCUCGGCCCCACGAAAAGACAGCAACCUGUUGAACAACCUAACGUGUAUCUGUUUAAUUUGUUAAAAAGGCAAAAUGAGGGCAGUUCCUACGUGGAUUGACAAAGUACAUGAUCGCGACAAAGUUGAGCAAUGUAUCUACGACCUUGCCUUCAAACCAGAUGGCAGCCAGCUUAUUGUGGCAGCUGGGAAUCGUGUUUUGGUGUAUGACACAUCAGAUGGAACUCUCAUUCAGCCUCUGAAAGGACACAAGGACACCGUGUACUGUGUCGCCUACGCCAAAGAUGGGAAACGGUUUGCCUCAGGUUCUGCUGACAAAAGCAUCAUCAUCUGGACAUCUAAACUGGAGGGUAUUUUGAAAUAUACACAUAAUGACUCCAUCCAGUGUGUUGCCUACAACCCAGUCAGCCACCAGCUGGCCUCCUGCUCCUCUGGGGACUUUGGUCUGUGGUCCCCAGAACAGAAAUCUGUAUCCAAGCACAAAGUCAACAGCAAGAUAACAUGUUGUGGGUGGACCAAUGACGGUCAGUACCUGGCCCUGGGAAUGAUGAACGGGGUGGUGAGCAUCAGGAAUAAGAACGGAGAGGAGAAGGUGAAAAUAGAGCGACCAGGAGGAUCCUCCUCUCCUAUCUGGUCCAUCGCAUGGAACCCCUCCAAGGACUGGUGGAAGUGGAUGCCCUUCUGUGAGGGAGAGGACAACGAGGCGGUGGAUGUGGACAGCAGCAUGCCAGAGCCCCUGUGCCUGCUCAUUGACACCGCCUACAGCCAGAGCUGCAGUGGCAGGGUAGAGGUCCUGGGGCUAGGCAGGCAGCUGGAGAGAGAGAGGCAGAUAGGAAGAGGAGCAGAGACGGACAGGUCUGAAGGAGAGGAGGGGGAGCCCAUGCUGCAGGGAGUGUUCUCUGAUCCAGACCACUUCAGCCAGCUCAGGGAUGAGCACAAUGACAUCCUGGCUGUGGCAGACUGGGGGCAGAAGCUGUCCUUCUAUCAGCUCAGUGGAAAACAGAUUGGGAAGGACAGAACUCUGACCUAUGACCCCUGCUGUGUCAGCUACUUCUCCAAGGGGGAAUACAUUGUGAUGGGUGGCUCGGACAAGCAGGCCUCCCUCUACACCAAAGAUGGGGUGCGGCUCGGCACCAUCGGGGAGCAGAGCUCCUGGGUGUGGACCUGUAGAGUCAAACCUGACUCCAACUAUGUGGUGUUGGGCUGCCAGGAUGGGACCAUAGCCUUCUUCCAGCUCAUCUUCAGCACGGUGCACGGCCUGUACAAGGACCGCUAUGCCUACAGAGACAGCAUGACUGAUGUCAUCGUCCAGCACCUCAUCACUGAACAGAAAGUGAGGAUCAAGUGCAGAGAGCUUGUGAAGAAGAUAGCUAUCUACAGGAACCGCCUGGCCAUCCAGCUGCCUGAGAAGAUCCUCAUCUACGAGCUGUACUCUGACGACUCCUCGGACAUGCACUACCGCAUCAAGGAGAAGAUCUGCAGAAAGUUUGAGUGCAACCUGCUCGUGGUCUGCUCCCAGCACAUCAUCCUGUGUCAGGAGAAGAGGCUGCAGUGUCUGUCCUUCACCAGUAUCAAGGAGAAGGAGUGGCUUAUGGAGUCUCUGAUUCGCUACAUCAAAGUGAUUGGUGGCCCACCGGGCAGAGAGGGCCUACUGGUGGGGCUGAAGAAUGGAGCUAUCCUAAAGAUCUUUGUUGACAACCCAUUUGCCAUCACUCUGCUGAAGCAGUCUACGUCUGUGCGUUGUCUGGACAUGAGUACAUCCCGCAGCAAGCUGGCCGUGGUGGACGAACACAACACCUGCCUGGUUUACGACAUCCACACCAAGGAGCUGCUCUUCCAGGAGCCCAAUGCUAACAGCGUAGCCUGGAACACCCAGUGUGAGGACAUGCUGUGUUUCUCAGGCAGCGGCUACCUCAACAUCAAGGCCAGUAACUUCCCAGUGCAUCAGCAGAAGCUGCAGGGCUUCGUGGUGGGCUACAACGGCUCCAAGAUCUUCUGCCUGCACGUGUACUCCAUGUCCGCCGUGGAGGUGCCUCAGUCGGCUCCCAUGUACCAGUAUCUGGAGAGGAGGAUGUUCAAGGAGGCCUAUCAGAUCGCCUGCCUGGGUGUGACUGACAGUGACUGGAGGGAUCUGGCCACGGAAGCACUGGAGGGGCUCGACUUUGACACCGCUAAGAAGGCAUUCAUCAGAGUACGAGACCUGCGCUACCUGGAGCUCAUCAACAGCAUUGAGGAGAGGAAGAAGAGAGGUGAGAGCGACACUGAGCUGUUCCUUGCGGAUGUCUAUGCCUACCAGGGGAAAUUCCACGAGGCUGCCAGGCUCUACAAGAGGACUGGCUUGGACUCCAGAGCUCUCAGCAUGUACACGGACCUGCGCAUGUUUGAGUACGCUAAGGAGUUUGUGGGCGCGGCAGACCCUAAAAACACUCGCAUGCUGAUGUCCAAGCAGGCCGACUGGGCUAAGAACAGCAAGGAGCCGCGGGCCGCUGCUCAGAUGUACCUGACUGCAGGAGAACACCUCAAAGCCAUCGACAUCAUAGGAGAACACGGCUGGGUCGACAUGCUGAUUGACAUAGCCCGUAAGCUGGAUAAGGCGGAGCGCGAACCACUGGCUAAGUGUGCGGCCUACUUCCAGAAGCUGAAGCACCAUGGUUAUGCCUCUGAGACCUACUCCAAGAUGGGAGACCUGCAGGCCCUGGUGCAUCUGCACGUGGAGGCACGACACUGGGACGAGGCCUUCUCUCUGGUGGAGAAACAUGCUCAGUUUAAAGAUGACGUCUAUGUGCCCUACGCUCAGUGGCUGGCUGAGAACGACCGCUUUGAGGAGGCACAGAAAGCGUUCCACAAGGCGGGCCGACAGAGUGAGGCUGUGAAGGUGUUGGAACAGCUUACCCACAAUGCCGUGGUGGAGAGCAGGUUCAAUGACGCAGCAUAUUAUUACUGGAUGCUCUCUAUGCAGUGUCUGGACAUCGCUAGGGAAAACGAAGAGAGGAAGGAGGAGAUGCUGAAGAAGUUCAAGCGUUUCCAGCACCUGGCUGAGCUCUACCAUGUUUACCACUCAAUACAGCGUUACACAGAUGAACCCUUUAGCUCCCAUAUGCCUGAGACGCUCUUUAACAUCUCCAGGUACCUCCUACACAACCUCACCAAGGACGUGCCACUGGGCAUCUCUAAAGUUAACACUCUUUAUGCGUUGGCCAAGCAGAGCAGAACCCUGGGAGCGUUUAAACUAGCCAGACAUGCCUAUGAGAAGCUCCAGGACCUCCACGUUCCCUCUCGCUUCCAGGAGUCAAUGGACCUGGGCAGCCUUACCGUCCGCUCCAAACCAUACCACGACAAUGAGGACCUGAUCCCCAUGUGUUACCGCUGUUCCACCAACAACCCCCUGCUGAACAGCCAGGGCAGUGUGUGUAUCAACUGCAAACAGCCCUUCAUCUAUUCAGCAUCUUCAUACGAGGUCCUUCCUCUGGUGCAGUUCUACCUGGACAAAGGUAUCGGUGAUGAGGAGGCUGUGUCUCUCAUUGACCUGGAGGUCCCUUGCAUUGACAGGAAGGCUGCUCGCUGGCAGGAGAUGAGCAGUGGGGAGUCCCAGUCUCUGAAGCUGGAUGAUGGCACAGAAGACACAGAGGAGGACCCUUUCAUGGCCAAACUCAGCUUUGAGCAGGGGGGCUGUGACUUUGUCCCGGUGGUGGUGAGUCGCUCCGUGCUGAGGUCUAUGAGCAGGAGGGAUGUCCUGAUCAAGCGCUGGCCCAAACCCCUGCAGUGGGAGUACUACCGCUCCUUACUGCCUGAUGUCAGCAUCACCAUGUGCCCCUCCUGCUUCCAGAUGUUCCACAGUGAAGACUAUGAGCUGCUUGUGCUUCAGCACAACUGCUGUCCCUACUGCCGUCGGCCCAUCGAUGAACCCAACUGACCUCCCCAAACUGGUCUAGAAUCAAUUCAUCCAUCUCACAAUUCAUUCAUAUCUUCAGUUUCACUCUUGCUCUUCUGAGCAAUGUUCCAUCCAUAUGCUGGCAGCCCCAAACCCUCAUGGAUGUUAUUUCAGGGAUGGGAUUAUGAAGAUCAUUAUAGUCCGCAACAAAAGCACAUCUUCAGCUGAUCAACGCUAUAGAAUGAACAGGAUGAGAUCACACAGAUUUACGAAUGAACUCUUCUGUCUAGAAAAACGUAUUUUAAUUCACUGGUAUUUAUUGUUGCCGUUAUGUUAUGUGUACUUUAACUCUCUAGCAUUCCACAUUAUUAUUUAGGUAAAUAGUCAUGGUGUGAUGUUUUUUUUUAAAGAGUUGAAUAUAUUGUAUUUUUAUAUUAUUAAAGUAAAAAAAAAU